AUCAGCUUUCGAGCCCAGUAUAAAGCUCACAUCUUCGUCCACCAGUCCUCCUCCUCCUCCUCCUCAUCAUCCUCGCUUUUACCGAUCAGAUCCCCCCGAUUGGUUGGUACGAGUACGGGUGCCAGGUCCUGGACGAGGACGCUCAAUUUGUGGCUCUGCUCGAAUCUGGCCACGAAAGCAAUUUCGCUCUGAUUCACACUGCAGUGCACAAUAUAUCAGAAGUCGACGAAAGUUUGGAUUUGUGUGUCGAUUUCUGAGCUGAUCAAUUCUGCAAAUCGUCAAUCUCUCGGCCUCGGGCAGGGGAAGGGAGGAUUUGCGCCAUGAAGGCCGUAAGUAAGCUGCUGCUGCUGCUGCUAGCCGCCACGAGCGUGCUGGUGGCGACGACGGUGCUGGCAGAAGGAAUCGAGUAUGGACUCGAGGAUUUCGACGACGGGGUCGAUGUCGAGGAGAGCGGAAGGUCCAGCUCCAGGUCCCUGCUGAGUGACGACGAUGAUGAUGACGACGACGACGACGACGACCGAUCGCCCAGCCGCAGCCCUCCUCCGCCUCCCAGACGAUCUCCCCCGCCGCCGCCACCUCCCAGACGCGUACCUCCUCCAGUGUACUCGUACCGAUCUCCCCCUCCACCACCGCCGAAGCAGAAAUCGCCUCCUCCACCUCCUCCACGAUCGCCGCCUCCUCCUCCCCCGAGGAGAUCGCCUCCUCCUCCUCCUCCUCCUCGCCGCAAUCCUCCUCCUCCUCCGCCUCCUCCUCCUCCCAGGAACAGCAACUGCCGCACGAACAGGACGCUGUGCUCGCAGCCGGGAUCGCAGGGGCCCGACUGCUGCAAUGGAGUGUGCACGGAUGUGAGCUCGGACGAGAACAACUGCAUUGUCUGCGGCCUGCGCUGCUUCUUCGGCUGGAGCUGCUGCGGCCGACUCGUGGGCUGCGUCGACCUCCUCAACAACAAUCGCCACUGCGGCAUGUGCAACAAUGUCUGCCCUCCCCGCCGAGGCACCUUCUUCCCCGGGCGCUGCAUUCGCGGCCUCUGUGACUACAGCGAUUGAGGUCGAUUUGGAAAUUGGAUGCAUGGGCUGGAGAUUUCAAGGUGACCAUGAAUGAUGAUCUCGAUACUUACAGAAGAAGGCGAGUGGUGCCAUGUCGCCUCUCUGCUUCAGCUGUCUGUCUCUCGAGCUCGAGCUUGGCAGUGUCUGAUGGACUCCGAGUCACAUCAGGGUCUGGCAUUGCAGCUCGACUUCGGCAUGACAAUGUGAAGUGCGAGGGUUACAUCCCCAAAACUGUGGCAAUAAACUUCUGCAGCAGCAGCAGCAGUGACAUUGUGUCCAAAACUAAAAUAGACCGUACUCUGAUCUGGCCUAGGCCGUGAGGCACCGCCAUUACCAUGAGAUUUUGGAAGAGAUUAGAACCCAAUUUUUCCGCUCAGAUACGUUAGCCACUCUGUGGGUUGAGGCGAUAAGGACGAGCCCAGCUUUUCAUGUUGUUUCCAGUAGUCGAGUAUCCAUAGCUAUAGUUGUUUCUGAUAUAGAUAGAUGCUGAAAGUUCAUAAAUGUUGGCAACUGAGAAGUUUCCGAGUCACUGAAGAACAUCAUUGUUCGUCUGACCAUCGAAUAAGUCAAGUCAUGCUAUUGCAUGGUGCUGGCGCA